AUGGAAGAAACGAGUGAGUUGCAACCGGAAGAAAAUAAGGUCUCUAUGGAGAAAAGUACGAAAAGAAAGCUCAAAACGCCUGCGCAGCUUAAGGGUUUGGAGAAUUUUUAUACUGAGCACAAAUAUCCGACGGAGGAGUUGAAAUUAGUGAUUGCUGAGGAGUUAGGGUUGACGGAAAAACAAGUCUCUGGAUGGUUUUGCCAUCGAAGGUUAAAAGAUAAGAGAUUGUCGAAAGAUGAAUCGACUGCUAACGGUCGACAAGAUCGUUCAAGCGGUGUCAUCCAGGAUCGUGGAAGUGGACUUGGGCAAGGGCAGGAUUCAUGCGGAAGUAGUAAACAUGGUGAUUAUAGGAAUCAUUUUUCUGAAAAUGUUAGUGGAAUGGACGAUACGUCGUCUGAGAGUAGCUCUUAUUUGCAAGAACGGUUGUAUCCUCAAGGCCAGGGUCCGUAUGAGAUGGAGCCUUCUAGAUAUCUAGCAUCUGGUAAAUCACUUCCACCCUUAAAACCAAAGGGUGCAAUGAACAUGGGAUAUAAACCGUCAGGGUAUUUGAAAGUGAAGGGUGAGAUAGAGCAUGCUGCUAUAACUGCUGUUAAGAAGCAAUUAGGAAGGAAUUAUCUGGAAGAUGGUCCACUACUUGGUGUGGAAUUUGAUCCACUUCCUCCAGGGGCCUUUGAAUGCCAAACCCAAGAUCCAGUUCCCGAACCAUACUGUUUUGCUGAUCCUGCUCUUCUGAAAUCUCCAGAAAUCUCCACAGCAAAAAGGCGACCUGGUCUUAGCUCAAGAUAUGAUUCAUAUUAUACUAAACAUAGUUCUCAAGAUACUCAUAUGGAAGAAGAUGAUGACGACUUUGGUUCCUUGCGUGAUGCGGUUGUUCAUGAUAAACAAGAUAAGGAACCUCUCCAUGGUACAAAACACCGACAAGCUUUUCAGAGUAAUGCCACUCGUGUUCCUGCCAGGAACUCUUCCUUGGAUUUGUAUGAAGACUCUACCGGGGAAGCUGCUUAUAAUAUCACUAAGAAUCAUAGGAAAGACACCAAGCGCGGUGUCGAGGAUUUUCUGCCAUACGAAUAUGAAAACACCAAUCCAAAGAAUGCGCAAAGGAGUGUUCAUGCAGAGUUUUUGCAAUAUGAUUAUGAUAGCGUCAACCCCAAGAACGCGCAAAGGAGUGAACAUGUGAAAACAAAACCUUCAAACUCAAUCCGUAAUUCUCGUGGAUCUGCAGAUACUGAAGAAAGAGAGCUAUCUACUAGAAUGACUAAGGAAGAGAUGUUCAAGGCGGAAAGGAAGGCAAAAAAGCAAUUUCGCGAUACGGGUGGAGCAGCGAUGCUUUCAAAUGAAACUAUGGUUGCAAAACGACUUAAACCAAAUACGUUUCUACCAUACAACGCGAAUCAAUUUUCCGCUUCCGAAAUAGAACCAAGGAAAAUUCAGAGGUCUGGUGCAGAGAUGCCGUCUAGCUUUAGCGAGGACGAAACCGGCGAUACAAGUUCCUCGCUGAAUUGA